GGGGGGAGAGAGGGAGAGGAGAGAUAGAGGGAAAGAGGAAGGGGAGAAGGUUGUCGCUUGCUUGAGGAAUGAGGACGAGCUGGAAGAUACUAACUUUCUCGGCGUUGUCGGGGCUGGUCCUGGUUUGCUGCUGGAUCUACGGCGGGCAAUUGAACCCGCGUUGGGACCGAGCAGCGGCUCCCCACGGCCUCUCGCAGGGGGACGGGGACGGGGACUGGGACGCCUUGUACCCUCUGUGCCAGUCCUACUUGCAGGGCGACAAGGUGUUCGCUUGGGAGAGGGAGAAGGGGCGGAGGCGGUCGGAGGCGGCUGCGGCUGCGGGCGACCAGGACCAGGAGGGCGGCUACUGCCGGCGGCUCCGGCCGCUGCUCCUCGCCUCCAAGAGCCCACCGGUGGCGGAGGAGAUCGCCUUCCCCCUGGCCUUCAUCAUCACCCUGCACAAGGACUUCUCCACCUUCGAGAGGCUGUUCAGGGCCGUCUACCGCCGCCACAAUGUCUACUGCAUCCACGUCGACCAGAAGAGCCCGGGCCACUUCCAGAGGCGCCUGGACCUUCUCCAGAGUUGCUUCGCCAACGUCUUCCUGGCCUCCAAGAACGAGCCCGUCAUCUACGCCGGCAUAUCCCGGGUGGAAGCCGACCUCAACUGCUUCAGGGACCUGCUCCGUUUCAAGAGCGGCUGGAGGUACGUCCUCAACCUGUGCGGCCAGGAUUACCCCCUGAAAACCAACCUGGACAUCGUCCGGCAUCUCAAGACCUUCAAGGGCAAGAACAUCACGCCGGGGGUGUUGCCGCCCAAGCACGCCGUGGCCCGCACCAAGUAUGUGUACAAGCAGAUCCUCUCCAUCAACAACUCCCGGGUCCUCCGGACCAAGGCACUCAAACCCCCCCCGCCACACAACCUCACCAUAUACUUCGGGUCUGCUUACUACGCCCUGACCGCCGCCUUCGUGGAGUUUGUCCUCCAGGAUCGGCGCGCCUUGGACCUGUUGAAGUGGUCGGCGGACACCUACAGCCCGGAUGAGCACUACUGGGUAACGUUGAACAGGUUGCCGGGUGUACCUGGCGCAAUGCCCACAGCAACGUGGCAAGGAAACUUACGUGCCAUAAAAUGGAGUGAUCGGAAAACCCACGGUGGUUGCCAUGGUCAUUAUUCCAGAAAUAUUUGCAUCUAUGGGCCUGUGGAUUUGAAAUGGUUAAAUGAAAUUAACGCGUUGUUUGCCAACAAAUUUGAACUGAACACUUACCCGCCAACUCUGGAGUGCCUGGAGUAUCGGUUGCUGAAUCGCACACUCAGCCAGAACGCCAUUGACCUACGAUGAGACAGCGUAAUGUUGCUGCCAUUUCAAAGGAAGGGGAAGAAAACUUGGGAGCAAGGGAAUGAUCUUAAAAUGAGCCACGGACUGGGAUAUACUUGAUUCUUUACUUUUAUUUUCUGCUUCACCGCCUGUCUCCACUUACACUGUCAUCGGUUCCUUUCCUUGGAACCGCAUUAAUUUUGUACACGUCUUUGAAGAGAAAAAAACAAAAAUCCUGCACAGGAAUGGGGUCAAAAACACGAGUGUUUUGUUUAAAAAAAAAAGGAAUAUAGUGGGCAUAUGAGAGUCUGAAGAAGGGUCUCGACCCGAAACGUCACCUAUUCCUUCGCUCCAUAGAUGCUGCCUCACCCGCUGAGUUUCUCCAGCAUUUGUGUCUACCUUUGGGGCAAAACAUACUUACAUUUACAUUCCCGAUUCGUUUUAAUAGUGGGGAAUAGGUCAAGGUGUUAACGUGGAAGUUAAACGUAUUCACUUUAUGCACUGGAAGAGUUUACAGUAAGUUUAGUUUAGUGUAGCUUAGAGGUACAGAGCGGAAACAGACCCUUCGGCCCAUCGAGUCGGUGCUGACCAGCGAGCCCCGCACAUGGAACACUAUCCUUCACACACUAGGGGGAAUUUUCAAUUUUACCAACACCUGUAGGUCUUAGGAGGGCGGGAGGAAACCGGAGCUCCUGGAGAAAACCCUCACUGGUCACAGGGAGAACAGACUGAAGGGUCGCGACUCGAAACGUCACCCAUUCCUUCUCUCCAGAGAUGCUGCCCGUCCCGCUGAGUUACUCCAGCUUUAUGUGUCUACCUUCGAGAACAUACAAACUCCACACAGACAAGCACCCAGGGUCAGGAUCGAACCCGGGCUCUCUGGCGCUGUAAGGCAGCAACUCUACCGCCUGCCAGUUGUAGUAGACUGACUUUGUUGAACAGAGUGUGGAAAUGACAGGAGAUAUCCUUUCCCCAUUGUUGCUGACGUUUCAUCUGAAAGGCGCCAACAAUCAUCGAAUGCUGUCGGAAGGAACUGCAGAUGCUGCUUUAUGACAAAGAUAGACAUAAAAAAUGCCGGAGUAACUCAGCGGGACAGGCAUCAUCUUUGGAGAAGGGAUUUUUCGUUAGAUUUCUUCUGAAGAAGGGUCUCGACCCGAAGUGCCACCCGUUCCUUCUCUCCAGAGAUGCUGUCUGUCCCGCUGAGUUACUCCAGCAUUUCUCCAACAAAUCUCUUCAUGUGACCCCCUUCACUCUCUAGUAACAGUAGCCACCUGUAGAAAGCAACAACAUGACUGCUGAACUUCUUGUGUUUCGAAUAACUUCACAGCGACUCGAAGUAUUGUGACUAUUAUCUGAAAAUGAGAUAUCAAAAAUAAACUUGAAAUAUCAGACGUCAACUAAGAAAUGAAACGACAAAACUGCCUGAGGAGCAAAAUAAUUCACCAAAGAAAUGUCUGUUCUGUUAACGAUUGUGUAAAAAAUAAAGUGAUGUGAACUAUUCAAUAUAUUUUUGGAAAAAGAAGGCUUGUAGGAUUCUUAAAGUUUCUGAUUUUCCAGAAAACAUUUUCAUCAACAGUAAGAAGUAACCGUGGGGAUGUGAGUAUUUUCAAGUGAGUGAACGGUUGAAUAAUGAAGCCGUCUUUACAUUGCCAAAUGGAGAGGUUGAGCCGGCUGGGUCUCCAUUCCUUGGAGCGCAGGAGGAUGAGGGGUGAUCUAAUAGAGGUGUAUAAAAUCAUGAGAGGAAUAGAUUGGGUACUUUGAGUCUCUUGCCCAGAGUAGGGGAAUCGAGGAGCAGAGGACAUAGGUGUAAGGUGAAGGGGAAAAGAUUUAAUAGGAAUCUGGGGGGUAACUUUUUUCACGCAAAGGGUGGUGGGUGUAUGGAACAAGCUGCCAGAGGAGGUAGUUGAGGCUGGGACUACCCCAACAUUUAAGAAACAGUUAGACAGGUACAUGGAUAGGACAGGUUUGGAGGGAUAUGGACAAAACAUGUACAGGUAGGACUAGUGUAGAUGGGAUAUGUUGGCCGGUGUGGGCAAGUUGGGCCGAGGGGCCUGUUUCCACGCUGUAUCACUCUAUAACUCUAUGACUAUUGGGGACACUUUUCAAUCACAGCGGAAUGAAAGAUUGCCGCCGGAAGCGAUAUCUAUUAACUUCCUCUUUAAGAUUCUAUGUUGAUCCGAUGUGAUUUGUGGGACUCUUAUAUUAUGGAAGCAAAUGAUUUUAUUUUUUUAAUAUCUUAAACAUGCUACUGCAAUUUGAAUGCUGUAAGAAUCUUCAAAACCUAUUGCACAAAGACCAGAAGAAUUAGUAACGUGUGUAACAAAAAUAAGAUGAUUCCAAUUUCUCAGAGAGAGAUUUGUUUAGCCAUUACAUGACAAAGAAUGGAAGACCAAUAAAGUGUAUAAAGGAAUUGCAAUAUAUAUAUUUUAUGUGUUUCAUAUUCUGAGAUGUUGUGAUGAUUUAACUAAGUGAGAAAAUCUUCGUAAUAAUUUUAUAAAUAAUAAUAAUAAUAAUAAUAAUAAUAAUAAUAAUACAGAAUCUUACUGACGACACCUGUCGAUUCUGAACACUUUUUCCUGUUGAUUUUUUCAUAAUGCAUAUGGCUGCAUUGUUCAUCAUAAUCUCGGGAAUAAAGAAUGAUCUCGUGAAUUUAAAAAAAGUCAGUGUGCAGAUGUGUACCCAACAUUUCUUCUUCCUAUCUGGGCUCAACCUUUUUUUUGGCAAAGUUAAACACAACAUUUGGAUUACAUGGGACCAACAACGUCUUGAUAAUUUUAAUCAGAACUGUUUUUAUUAAAAACAUGUGAGCUGACUAUUAAUUUAUCUUUUCGCUUGGAGGGGGGUGGCACGGUGGUGCAGCGGUAGAGUUGCUUCUUCCAUUUUGGGAGAGUCUAGGACCAGAGGCCAUAGCCUUCGAAUAAAAGGACCUACCUUUAGGAUGGAGAUGAGGAGGAAUUUCUUUCAUCAGAGGAAUUUCUUUCAUCAGAGGAUGGUAAAUCAGUUUAUUAGAAUUUAGAAGGAUGAGGGGGAUCUUAUAGAAACAUAAAAAAUUAUAAAAGGACUGGACAAGCUAGGUGCAGGAAAAAUGGUCCCAAUGUUGGGCGGGUCCAGAACCAGGGGCCACAUGCUUAGAAUAAAGGUGAGGCCAUUUAAGACUGAGGUGAGAAAAAACUUUUUCACCCAGAGAAUUGUGAAUUUGUGGAAUUCCCUGCCACAGAGGGCAGUGGAGGUCAAAUCACUGGAUGGAUUUAAGAGAGAGUUAGGUAGAGCUUUAGGGGCUAGUGGAAUCAAGGGAUAUGGGGAGAAGGCAGGCAUGGGUUAUUGAUUGGGGAUGAUCAACCAUGAUCACAAUGAAUGGCGGUGCUGGCUCAAAGGGCCGAAUGGCCUCCUCCUGCACCUAUUUUCUAUGUUUUCUAUGUUUUCUAUGUUUCCAUGUAAUUAAGAUUUUAAAGAAGUUCAGAAAUUCAAUUAAAUAGCCUUAACAUAUGAUCUCAUUGCAAAGUUUAAAGGGAUGUGCGGCAACAAGUUAAAUGUUGUUCCCCACAGAGGGCAGUGGGGAGCUGCCAGAGAUGGAGGUGGAGGCAGAUGUUCCUGGUGUAGGGUUUAAGAGGCUUUUAGACAGGUAUGUGGAUAUGCGGAGAAUUCAGGUGCAUAGACCGCAUACACUCAGAUGGGAGGCACGGUGACGCAGCGGUAGAGUUGCUGCCUUACAGCCCCAGAGACCCGGGUUCCAUUCCCGACUACUGGUCCUGUCUGUACGAAGUUUGUACGUUCUCCCUGCGACCACUUGGUUUUUCUCCGGGUGCUCCGGUUUCCUCCCACACUCCUAAGACGUACUGGUUUGAAAGUUAAUUGGCUUCGGUAAAAAAUGGUGAAUUGUAAAUUGUCCCUAGUGCUCGGAAGAGUGCUAGUGUACGGGGUGGUCGCUGGGCGGUGCAGACUCAGCCGGCCUGUUUCCAUGCUGUAUCACUAAACUAAACUAAAUUUAUCCAAAUGGUGCCAAUUGCUGAGUGUUUAAACAGCCAACCAACCUGGCAAUAAAGACAUCUGAUCCAAAAGCUCCCUCAAAGCUUCUGUGAAACAUCAGCCUUAAUAAAGUGUUUACUUUCUUGUGUGCGAGACUUGAAGCAUUGUCUUUGGUUCACUGCUGUGCCAAAUCUGAUAGAAGCAGCAGAGAGAACAGAGAAUCUUGACAUCGGACAAGCAGGAAAUAAGCAGAAAGAUGUCUCAAAUCUAAA